AUGAGUCUUUUAAAUAGCACAAACUUUGUCUUCAUUAUAUGUAUUUGCAGCCUUCGCGUUUGUUUGAAUGGCGCCGGCCCGGCUAGCCAAAAUAUUGGUAUUCUCCAUGAACUGUUUGAAGCCGGCAUGGAUAUUGCUAGGCUAAACUUCUCGCAUGGAACAUAUGAAUAUCACUUAGAGACCAUAAGGGUGGUUCGAGAGGCAGAACAAACAUUCAAGCCCUAUGUUCGUCCCAUUGCAAUCGCACUGGAUACUAAAGGUCCAGAAAUUCGUACUGGUUUGAUAAAUGGUAGCCCAACCGAUGAAGUUGAAUUGAUAGUUGGGGAAAUGAUUCGCAUCACUCCAGAUAAAACCUAUGCCGAAUGCUGCAACGAAACAACACUCUACGUAGAUUAUGACAACAUAGUGAACAUUCUAAAUGUGAACUCGCCAAUUUACAUUGACGAUGGCCUUAUUUGUGUCAGAGUUAAAGAGAAAGGUCCUCAAUACCUUGACUGCGUUAUUGAGAACGGCGGCAGACUUGGUUCAAAAAAAGGUGUGAACCUUCCAGGUGCACCAGUUGACCUUCCCUCCAUGUCUGAAAAAGACAAGCAAGAUAUUCUAUUCGCUGUUGAUAAUAAUUUGGAUAUAAUAUUUGCGUCUUUUAUCCGUGACGCAAAGUGCAUUCAUGAUAUGCGAGAUUUGCUCGGCGAACGCGGAGCCUACAUCAAGAUCAUUGCCAAAAUCGAGAACCAGCAGGGUGUGGAAAACAUUGACGAAAUAAUCGAAGCCGCUGAUGGGAUAAUGGUGGCUCGUGGUGACUUGGGCAUCGAAAUACCCUCGGAGAAGGUGUUUUUGGUGCAGAAGAUGGCUAUUGCCAGAUGCAAUAUUGCAGGAAAGCCUUGUAUUUGCGCAACACAAAUGCUUGAGUCAAUGACCUAUAAGCCUCGUGCUACACGAGCGGAGUCGAGUGAUGUUGCAAAUGCUGUUCUGGACGGGGCAGACUGUGUUAUGCUCUCUGGUGAAUCUGCGAAAGGUAAAUAUCCGGUAGAAUGUGUGCGGACAAUGGCGAAAAUUUGUCGGGAAGCGGAGUCUGUGAUCAGUCACACUGAGCUUUACAAUGACCUGCGACGAAUAAUCAAAGUGCCCGCGGACACGACUCUCUCUACUGCCAUCGCCGCGGUCGAGGCCUCUUUGCGCUGCCUGGCGAAGGCUAUCAUUUGCAUCACCAGCAGUGGAACAUCGGCCCAAAUGAUUGCUAGACAUCGUCCACGCUGCCCAAUUUUGGCCGUGACACGCGAAGGAGUAAUCGCGCGACAACUCUACCUCUGGCGCGGCUGCUGGCCUAUCCUCUACGACGAGCCUAAAGCCGACUUAUGGUCGGAUGAUGUGAAUCGGCGCAUAGCCUGCGCUAUUGAACAUGGACGUCGAAAAGGCCUUUUCGUGGACAGAGAUCGGAUUGUAGUGGUUGCCGGAUGGAAAGGCGAACCCGGGUCGACCAACACCAUCCGCAUAAUUCAACUCGGUUCACUUGUAGAGCACAAUAUCCUUGGAAUACCCGAUAUUAAGAAUUACAAAGACUAG